AUGCCACCAACACCUACGCACGAGGUCUCCCAAUCUUCGCAGGAAAAGUCCAUAUCCUCGAGCCGAAGACCUUCGAUGGAUGACCACGGUGUCGUCCCCCGCUGGACCGACGCGGCAUGCGACCCCCUCACACUUGACUCUACCAAAGCAGCUUCAUUGCUUCGAGUUGCGUUCGACGAUGUUCUAUUGACGCCAGCAGUAUUACGACACAGCUAUUUGGGAAGUGGGACUGAGGACCAUCCAUACGUCUGCGAGUUUAUACCUAACGAUCCGCGGAAUCCCUUGGACUGGUCGACCUCUCGAAAAUGGGUGGUGGCUAUUGGUGCGUCGAUUGCGACUUUCGUCGUCACUUUCUGCUCAUCGGCAUAUUCAAGCGUAACGGAGGAAAUCAUGGGAGACUUCGAUCAAAGCACGAUAGUCGUCACGCUGGGCCUCUCGCUGUUUGUUCUGGGAUACGCAACGGGUCCAGUCCUCUGGGCUCCCAUGUCAGAAUUGUACGGCCGAAGGUGGUUAAACAUUACCUUAUUCGCGGCUUUAGCGGCUUUUAAUGCUGGGGCAGCGGGUGCGAACAGCAUCACUUCCCUUCUCGUUUGCCGUGCUCUAGGCGGAAUUGCAGGCUCAGGGCCUAUGACCAACGCUAGUGGCAUCCUAGCCGAUCUGUUUUCUGCCGAGCAGCGUGGCCUCGCCAUAGCUGUUUUUUCCGGCGCAGUCUUUGUCGGACCUACUCUGGGGCCCGUCGUUGGGAGCUUCGUUGGUGAAAGUGUGGGAUGGCGCUGGGUAAUGGGCGUGAUGACGAUUGCCUCUGGCGUCGUCUGGAUAUGGAGCAUUGUCGCCAUUCCGGAAACAUAUUCCCCGGUCCUGCUGGAACGACGAGCCAAGGCCCUCGAGAAGAAGACGGGCAAAGUCUUCCGCACACGUUUGCAAAUAGGAGGCCAGCGGCCGAGUCCCACGCAGGCGUUCAGUAUCGCGCUUUCUCGUCCCUGGAUUAUGCUUUUCCGAGAGCCGAUCGUCAGUCUCCUCUCCAUUUAUGUCGCUAUCAUCUAUGGCACGCUUUACCUCCUCUUCGGGGCUAUGCCAAUCGUGUACUCGACCAAUCGCGGUUGGAGUAGCGGUAUUGGUAGUCUCUCGUUCCUUGGUGUAGCCAUUGGUAUGGUAGCAGCCGUUACAUAUACUGUAUGGGACAAUAGCCAUCGAUAUAUCAAGCUUAGCCGCGCCGCUGUCGAGCGUGGGGAAAUUGGUGCGGCUCCCGAGGAUCGCUUACCACCAGCUAUUAUUGGGAGCAUUUGUCUCCCAGUAGGUCUCUUCUGGUUUGCAUGGACAAACGGCGCUAAUAUUCCCUGGAUCGUCAGUAUUCUCGCCACUGUCCCUUUCGGAUUCGGAAUGACAUUGGUUUUCCUAGCGGUGGCUAAUUAUCUGAUCGACUCUUAUGUGAUAUACGCCGCGAGCGUCAUGGCUGCCAAUAGCAUUGCCCGCAGUCUAUUCGGUGCGGCCUUUCCCCUAUUUACAACGUAUAUGUACCAGAAUCUGGGCAUUCAUUGGGCAUCAUCGGUGCCAGCAUUCUUGGCGCUGGCUUGCGUGCCUCUGCCGCUGUUGUUCUAUAGAUACGGUGCGAGGAUUCGAGCAAAGUGCGAGUAUGCGCGAGAGGCCUCUGAGACUCUUGCUAAAAUGAUGGGGACGUCGGGCAAUUGA